AGUAGCUUCCCAAGUUUUGGACAGUUCACAGGUCGCCGGGCGAGAAGCAGAAUUAGCAGAAUAUCGGACUAGGAUAAGCUCGUAACUCGGAAUCUCCUGCGGCAUGAUGCAAGUGCCCCUGCAACGCUGUUCGUGCGUCUUGGCAGUUUUGGUGCUGCUCUGGAGUGGCGGAUUAGCCCAGCUGCAAGUCCAGGCUCAAAGUGGGUACAACUAUGGUCGUCCUGAGGUAGCCAAUGUAGGAGGAGCCACCGCUGGAGGCCGCUUGACACCUGCACCAUAUCCCACAGCACCAGCCCUACCACUUACUCCCGCUCCGGCCCCCACCGCAUAUGGGACGGGCUUGUUCCCCUCACCCGCUGUUGGAUUUACGCCAAGUGGACAGGCUACCACUGCCUUUGGAGCCCCCGCCAUUGUAGGAGCCACAAACCCCGUUAACCCGCCGAGGAGAACUUCGUCUGGCGGUUUGUCCACCCCAUCAUCUCGCAGUGGACCCUACGGACCGCAGGCUUCGCAGUACGGAAAUGCUCCCGGCGGGUCUCCAAUCCGAGUUCCUAGUGGAACCGGAGACAGCGGGGACUACAACGAUUCCGAUGGUGACUACUCGGCCAUUCCGGGUGUUCCUGGAGUGGAUUAUCCCAUUUACGCCCAGGUGCCGCGCACCAAUUUCGACUGUGCGCAACAGCCUCUGCCCGGAUACUAUGCGGACAUAGAGGCCCAGUGCCAGGUGUUCCACAUCUGUGCCCUCAACCGGACCUACUCCUUCCUGUGUCCCAACGGCACAGUGUUUAGCCAGGAGACAUUAGUGUGUGUGUGGUGGAACCAGUACGACUGCGUUUCGGCGCCCAGCCUAUAUGCGAAUAAUGCCUAUAUCUAUGAUUACUCUGAGAGAAGUGGCUCCAAUCUGGGAUCAUCGAAUGCCAAUAAUGCCUACCGCCCGGGUGCUUCUUCCUCGACUGCCUUCGGGGCACCUCUGGCCACGACUGGAACACUGCGAGCCACCGGAGUGCCUCAGGUCGCUGGAUAUAACUCCGGACGGGGGUCCUAUCCUUCAGCCACGCCCACCCCAACCGCCCAGCCACAAAGCCCUUAUGGCGCUGGGGCCGUCCUCCGUCCCGCCAUUAUCCCGACCGCUGGAGUUAAUCGAUUACCACCAUCCGGAGCUGCUGCCGGCCUUCUGGCCACUGCUGCCGGAGCUCUUCCCGAGAGUUCAGUGGCUGGAUUCGGGCAACAGCAGUCGGGCGGAAAUAGGGAGUACCUGCCGCCAGCUAGCGUUGGACAACAACGGCAACGAGGAGGCACCAAUGCAUAGGUACCAAAUAGAAUACACUGGCGAAACCCCUGGCACUUGUACCCGGUUAUAUGACACUAAUCUUAGUGACUCUAGACUUAGCCUCUUUAUAGAAUGUUAGGAGCUCCAAACAUAAUUACUUGUAAAAUCCCAUUCAUUGAAAUAUACUACAGAGAAGUUCAAAGC